UUUUGUCUGCUUUUGCUGCCUUUAUGCUUCUCAAUAAUGCUUCUCUCUGCACACCACUUCACGUUCUUCAAUGUUUUUAUUAUUUAUUCCUUUAUUCACUUGUCCGUACUCUAUGGCCAGGUUUUUGUAAUUUUUUUUGUUUUUUGUUUUUUUUUAUCGAAUUUCCGCUUGUUUGUUUGUUUAUUUUGGCUGUAUAGUUUGAGAGAUUGUAGACUCUGUUUUGUGGGUAAUAAAUGGGGUUUUUGUUUAUCUGGGUCAUUUCCUUCUUCUCGUGUGUGUGGGUUUUUUUUUUUUGGUGAAAAUGUUUUACAUUCUUGGUUGAAAUGGUUGUUCUUGGUUACUCUCUCUCUCUCUUAUUUUUACCUUUGUUCUCUGCAUUUCUGCAUUUGUUUACUAGCUUAAACUGUUAUGUGUCAGAUGGGUUUGCUUAAGUGCAUUUUUCUAUAUUAUUUCUGUUUUGUAUUUUGCAUUCAUUCUUUAGCUAAAGACUGUUAGGGGAAAAAGCAUUUUUUUUUUCUUUUCCUGCUAUUGAUUGAUUGAUUGGUUUGUUUAUUUUUUGGCUUCUAUGUUUAAUUGUUUCAUGUUAAAAAUUAUUAUGGUGAAUGAGAUUUGCUGGUUAAGUUAUUUCUUUAUAAUUUAGAAUUGUAAGCUUGAUUUUCCUGUGAUGGGUGAAUGGCUUUUGCUUCAUAUGGUUGUUUUUCAUUUUCUUAGUUCUCUGCUUACUUUCUUUGCAUAUUUGCUCUCUUCAAUUGUGGCUUAAACGGUCUUUUUAAUAAGCUGAUGGUUUUACAGCUUUGUUCUGGUGUUAAGGAAAGGAAAGAAAGUGCUGUGAUCUUCAUUUUAUACUUCAUUUCUAAAAUAAACUUAAUAUUAAAUAUUGGAUCCGAUCUUUUGUUGGAUUGAAUAUGAUAUUGAAUGUUGCAUUGAUUAACUGAUAGUUUGCAUUAUUUGAUUUUAGUUGUCUUUUGACCUGAAAGGUGCUGAUCUUGGAGCUGAUCUGUGUUGCCUCUAGAUUCAUGAACACAUUUCUCAGAUAUAGGGUUUAUGGGAAGAAAUAUCCCAGAGAAGCUUUAGAAAAGGAGCUCCAUUUGGGUCCUUACACUUCUUCACUUUGAUUCACUCAGCUGAUGAACUGAAACCCAGCCAUUUUUAGACGUGAGAUCUGACCCCAACUGAAGAAAAAAUUUCAAAAGCUUUGCCACUUUUAUUAAGUACAAACUUAGACAAUCUCAAAUACAAGAGAGACUUGCAGUCACAUCUUGACUGCUCCAAUGACAUGGUCGAGCAUAACCUUGCAAGAAUUGGCUGAGAAUUUGAAGGAAUGAAAGAGAAUGAAGGAAAGUGCUAACCAUAUGAUAGAGUUUUUGUUCACCGAAACAAUGGAUGCCAAGGAUCUGACUUUUGAUUGCACCAUCCUCGUUAACAGUGGGAGUAUAAAUUGUACUUUUAUGAACACUGAUUGCCAGCCCCCUUUUCCUUUUAUAGGCAAAAUGAAGAAGUAUUAAAUUAGAAGUUCCCCCAAAAAAGGGCAUGCUCCAAGUAUGCAUGAUGUAUAAAAGAUACACUAAAGGAAAAAAUUCGCUUAAUCUAAAUUUUUUGGGUUGUUCUACCAAAAGGGUCCUGGAAAAAGAUAUGUUGUCCACAAAAACUUGAGUGUGAAGUAUUGAACUUUUGGUAUUUACAGUGGAAAAGGAGACAAGGAAAAAGCUCAAUCAUCAUGAUAAAAAGAGACAGGAAGAUGAUGGCCCUGUUCUAUACUGCUUUUUCCUUAAAAAUACCAGCUAACUCAUCACUCACAGAAACUGAAUAUUUAGGCCAAGUAAUGCAAGCUGCAGUCCAGGGACAGAGGGGUGCACUCUCAGGAAAGGCAAAAGCUCUAAAUAGCCAAAAUCACUUCCCAAUUGAUAGGUGAUGAGCUUUUUUCCAUGUUCAUUUUCAUGGUAUGCCUAUGAGGUUGAAGUUCUCCUACGAUGAUCUAUAGUCUCUAAUAAGCUUCUUGGAUGUAUUUGCACCAUUCUCCUCAAGGCAUGAAUGUGAUCUUUUCGCCUUUUAUCUUUUGGUGUUUCUGGUGCAAAUUAAAAACGAGGCAUCCACUAACAUGCAUGCAACAGAUUGGAACCUCAAUUGCUUUAAUUAUUUUAUUACUGGGUGCCAGCAUUUUGAUGCCUGCCUCCGUGUCCUUUAUUGGCACAUGGUGCAUAUGAAGAUAUCUUUUUAAAACUACCAAUUAAUGAAUGCUUCCUUACUUUUCUUUUCAAGAAAAAACACUUGAUCUCAAUUUUGCUUCUGGUUUGAGUACUAUAAAGAUUUUUUAAGUUCCAAAAUUUUAACCUGUUUUUACCCUCUCUUUAAUAGAAUAUUCCUCAUGGUAUUUGCAUCAUUGAAGUUUCUUUUAAUUCUAAUCCAAUGCUGAAAAGAAAUUUUUUCUCUUUAGAAGGUAGCAUGAUUACAACUUGUCUCUGUAAAAUUUCAAUUUUUCUUUCUUUCCCUUCCAUCUGCAAUCAAAUGAAGCAGAACUGUUAAGUUAAAAAUUUACAAUUAUAUGACAUACUUGCUUCGCAACAUUUGGAUUGUACGAAUAUGUCCUGGGAUUGUGCUUUACCAUAAUUUAUUAUUUCCCCAUCAGUUUAGUCUGUAUUAACACAGGCAAUGGAAUUAAUUCCAUUUAUAUUUAUUUCUAUGUUUGUUUAGAUGUUUAAUCAAUUAAUGCCUAUGUACAUAUGUAAUGUCUUUUUAUUUAUACUAGUAUAUCCUAUACUUUCUUUUAUCAUGGAAUAUUGGGCUAUCUAAUUUGUAAUGCUCAGCAUUAUCCAAUUGACAGCCUUGUUCCGAAAUCCACAACUUAGAAGUUUUUCCAUUGUUUUUUCCCUGUCCACAUCAACUUGUUUUGAAUCAUACACCAUCAUUUAACUUUGGCCUUGGAAUAAUGGUUUGUUUGGUCGGCUUGAUCUGAAAUAGUUUCAGAUUUACCAGCUCAUAUGAUCUACCAAUAUGGAUCCAUCAAAAGAUGGCUGUAGCCACUUUAUGACAUCAUACGCAAUUUAUCACCAAGAUUGUAUUAGCAUCAAUUUCAUCAGCCAUGUCCAAUGCAUGGUUCCUCCAAGGCCUGCGAGCCUCACUUAACCAAGUGAAUAAUGUUCACUGGGUGCCAGAAGUUGGGAAAGUUUGUGACAUAUGUGGUGUAUGUGGAUUUGAAGAUCUCAUAGCUACUUGUAUUAAAUGCCGCACAUCUUCUGAGCACAUUUACUGCUUACCCAUCACAGUGAAGGAGGUACCGAGUGAGUGGACUUGUGAAGAGUGCCAACGCGGCAACAACAUUGUUUCACCAACAUCUAGAGAGAUGAUCCAUCAAAACACUAUACAUUCUGCAGGUUAUGGCAAGGUUUCUGACAAUUCAAGGAGGCAAGGUUGGUUUAAGAGGCAGAAAACUGUUGAAACUGCCAAAGUUAAGUUUCUUUCUACUGAAGAGGCCAUCAUGCUAAAUUCAGGCACCAGAAGAAUGGGUUCCUCUUCCCACUGUAAUAUGGACUCGAGGUUUGAUUCAUUGAGACACAGAAAAUCAACCAAGAGAACUCCAGUUGGGUUUACAAUUGCCUCUCCAGAGUUCCCUUUGAUGAAAUUGAAAGAAAAUCAUGGUAUGCAGCCUUCUGGAAAUUCAAAGCUUCCUCGACAUGGUAAUAUGCAGACCAGUUUAAUAAUCAAACAACGAGCCCCUCAAAUAUCAAAAGAAUUGGAUGGGAAAAAGGCUUUUGCAGCUCCUGCAAAGGAAUAUGUUUGCAGGGAAGAAUCAAUAGAUGUCUGUACCCAUGCUAGAGAAGUUGAAACUUCCAAUACAAGGGCAGAGAAGGCAACAAAUAAAGCAUCUCCAUUGUUGCCAUCUAUGCAUGUUUCAGGUGGUAAAUGUCAUUCUGAUGCCGAGCCUAUGGAUUCUGAUAAAGGAAGGGUUCCACCAAUUAUUCCACCUAAACUGGACAACAUUCCUUUGAAAUGUGCUGCUAUAGAUGCUGUUUGGAAGGGAAGCUUCAAAUUUGUUGAUACUGUUACACCAAAUGAAUCAUAUGUAGGAUUUCAGGCUCAUCCUCCAUAUAUUGUACAUAGGAAAGCCUAUGAAUUUUCUAAGCAGAUGCCUACAGUCCUUCAGUUUGAGAGGCUUCAUCGGUGUAGUCUUUGGGCAGAGUUAUUCCAGGAUGAUUCUCCUGAUGGAGAUGAUAUUGCCUUGUACUUUUUCCCUGGCAGAUUUGGGAGGUCCAGACGAGAUUAUGUACACCUUCUUGAACUCUUGGAAACACAGGAUUUGGCAAUGAGAAGUCAUAUAGAUGGUGUAGAGUUGCUGUUAUUUACAUCUAAACAAAUGCACAGAGACUUUCAGAGAAUAGACACGCAAUACUAUCUAUGGGGAGUAUUCCGUUGUGUAAAAACUAAGGAAACUGUUAUCAAAGAAGGCAUGAACAUUCCUCUGUUGGUUCCUCCUUCAGAACAUCCUGGUGAUGAUCAUUCUAAUAAAGAUAACAGUGAAGUUGUGGAUAUGGAAAUUGACAUGGUAGGUGGAAAGAAUGUGGGAAGAGUUGAUGAAGCUGUUGGGAAGGUUAAAAAAGAACAAUGCAACAACUGUGACUCGUUUCCUGGGUUCACUGAGAAAGUUGAAAACAGGUUGGCCUCUGCAGAACCUAUGGGGAGACCAUGUACAGAUGUGGAAGGACCUCCAGGUUUUGAGGAAGUUCUUGACCUUAAAGUAAGGGGCAAUCCAUGCAAACCCACCUUUAGGAAGGAAAACCCGUGUCUCAAUGGUGAAAAAGCUACUAUAAAAAAUGAGGAUACAAGUACUGAGAAGUUUCCAGUAGGAGACAUGGUAUCCCAUAGUUUGCAAUUCCAGACAGGAUUAUGGAAACAGUUUAAGGUGCCUGCUCGUCAGCUGCCCGCGUAUCCAAUGGACAAUAAUCCUCUCCGUUUUUCAGAAAUGGACAAAAAAUAUCGCUCAACAGGGAAAGAAAGAAAACUAGAAACAACCAGUGAGAGAAGGUGCCCUGAAGUAGAUGAGAGGAAGAAAGGAUUUCCCACUACUUCCUCUAAAAGACCUUAGAGCCUGCAAAUAUUUCAAUUUUUUUUCCCUAUAGAAACCAGAUUUGAAGUUAGGAAAGUUCAGAGUGAAUCUACUGUAUAUCAGUCAUUUACCAGACACCAUUAGAGAAGAUGCUCAGGGAUAGAAAUAUGUGUUGACAGUGCUGUACAGCUGAAGCUUUGAAUUACAUGGGCAAAGUAUACCAAAAAUUAUAACACAGGUACAGAUAUGGGUUUUUUUUUUUGUACUGAGGCUUAUUGAUCAACGGAUGGUUAGUAAAUAUAUGGUGUAGAGAGAUUUAUGAUGUGUACAUGAAGGAGAUGGAUCUUCCCACUGACUGUAACAACACCUGAGUUCUGGGUGUGUUGUAACUCAAAUCAUCAAGUCUAUGCAAAGCCCAUGAGGGUCUUUUGGUUUGUCA